AAUUAAUUACAUGGUGAAAUUGAAAAACAACCAUAAACAGGCUUUUCAUAUUUGUUGUUGUUGAUGUACGCAGGUCGCAAACAUCUAUAUAAAUACUCAUGAAGUUGACUGUUAUCCUUCCCUUUGCAUUAGCAUUGUUUUCCCUCUAUCAUGGUUGCGAUGCAGCCACAUACUUGAUGAGUGGAUGCCGAGGAUAUACUGGGAUAGAAUUACAACCUGGACAAAAUUUCAUGCUACAACAUUGCAAUAAAUGCACGUGUUAUGGAACAGGUGAACCGGGCGGAAAACAAGCUUAUUGCACCACGAUUCCUCGCCCGACUGGCCAUAAGGAUUGUAAAGCUGUGAUGGAUGAAAAAACAUGCUCCUAUCGUUGGGUAACCAAGAAGAAUUUAAUUGUCGCCUGCAAACAUCCGAUUAUGGGCGUAAUCGGUUAACAUCCUACGCCAACCUUAUUCAUUUAAUGUUUGUGGAGUCAAACAAUAAAACGAAAUAUAAUUUA